AAAAAGAAAUGAAGCGCGCACAAAGUCCUGGCGACGCGACGGCUGUGUGGACUUCAGACGUUCAGCCUUUCCCGGCGGAGAGACGCGGCGAGCGCGCUGUGGACCGCGCCGUGGAGUUUCCCUUUACUCUUGCUGCUUCUGUUGGACAAAACUGAAAGCGGGGAAAACAAGCAAAAGAAAAGAGAGAAGGGAAAGAAAAGUGGAUACUCGAACUGCCGCGGCUUGGCUUUAUUAUCACUAUUGUUGAUUUUGCUUUUGUUAUUGUUGUUGUUGUUAUUGCUGUUGUCGCUGAGAGAGAGAGAGAGCCAUGCAGGCGCGCUACUCUGUCUCCAGCCCGAACUCCCUGGGCGUCGUGCCGUACAUCGGCGGCGACCAGACGUACUACCGCGCGGCCGGCGGCGGGGCCUACGCGGGCAUGGCGGGUCCCAUGAGCGUGUACUCGCACGAACAGUACCCGGCGAGCGUGGCGCGCGCCUACGGGCCUUACGGCGCGGCGGGACCGAUGGGCCCGCCUACGAUGGGGCCGCCGCCGCCGCAGCCCAAGGACAUGGUGAAGCCUCCGUACAGCUACAUCGCGUUGAUCACCAUGGCCAUCCAGAACUCUCCGGACAAGAAGAUCACGCUGAACGGGAUCUACCAGUUCAUCAUGGAGCGCUUCCCGUUCUACCGAGACAACAAGCAAGGGUGGCAGAACAGCAUCCGCCACAACCUGAGCCUGAACGAGUGCUUCGUGAAGGUGCCCCGCGAUGACAAGAAGCCGGGCAAGGGCAGCUACUGGACGCUGGACCCGGACUCCUACAACAUGUUCGAGAACGGCAGCUUCUUGAGGCGCAGGCGGCGCUUCAAGAAAAAGGACGCGCUCAAGGAGAAGGAGGAGAAGCAGGUAAAGGACACGUCCACGCGGCAGCAAACGGGGCAGCAGCAGCAACAGGCGCGCGAGGGCCAGCAAGAGCAGCAGCAGCAGCAGCAGCCAGUGCGCAUUCAGGACAUUAAGACCGAGAACGGCGCGUGCACGCCGCCCCAAGCUGUCUCGCCCGCGCUGGGCGCCGUGCCCAAGAUCGAGAGCCCGGACAGCAGCAGUAGCAGCCACAGCGGAGGCGGCAGCAUGUCGAGCGCGAGCCCGUCCGCGCGUUCCGUGGGCCUGGACGAGCAGCAGCAUCACCUUCAUCACCAUCACCAACAACAACAACAACAGCAGCAGCAGCAGCAGCAGCAGCAGCAGCACCAUCAACUUCACCACCACAACCAUCACCACCACCACCAAGCUCAAGGCUUCAGCGUGGACAACAUCAUGACGUCGCUGCGCGGAUCACCGCCGGGCCCCGCGGCCGAGCUCGCGCCGUCCUCCUCUUCCUCGUCCUCAUCCUCCUCUUCCUCUUCCUCCUCCUCCUCGUCGUCGUCCCGGUCCUUGUCGCUCAACUACUCCCCCGUGCAGGCGUCCGCCUACGGCUCGCCGUGCCACCAGAGCUCGGCGUGCGGCAGCGCAGUCACGGCCACCUCCAACGCCACGUACCACUGCAACAUGCAGGCCAUGAGCCUGUACGCGGGCGAGCGCGCGAGCGUCAGCGUGGACGACGCGCUCCCCGACUACAUCACCACCACCAGCACGGCGUCGCUGGGGCAGGACGGCGGACACCCGCACCACUCCCACGCCCACCACGCGCACCAGGGCCGCCUGGCCUCGUGGUACCUCAAUCAGGCCAGCGAGCUGGGCCACCUGGGCGCCACCUACCCGAGCGCGCAGCAGCAGAACUUCCACGCGGUGCGGGAGAUGUUCGAGUCACAGCGGAUCGGCCUCAAUAACUCGCCCGUGAACGGAACUAGCAGCAGCGGCGGCGGCGGCGGCAGCAGCUGUCAGAUGGCUUUCCCAUCCAGCCAGUCCUUAUACCGAGCCUCGGGGGCUUUCGUAUAUGACUGCAGCAAAUUCUGACCAAAGAAAAAAAAAAAUCACCAAAAAUUUUGUUCUUUUUUAUUGCUGUAAUUUUUAUUCCCCCCAAUUUUCUUCGAUAAACUCAUCUUUUUUUUUCCACUUCCCACUUACACCCAACCUCUCCAGAGAUGAACUUGACCGAAACAGAACACAAAUGAGUCCAAAAAAGAAAAAAAAAAACAGUUUUGAUGAUCUUGGUUUGUUAAGGACAGUGUUACUGCAAAAUAACACGUAAGUCUCUUUUGUGUUUUUUCGCUUUUUUAGUGAGCUAUAUGUUUUGUGGUUAUUAUUGUUUAAAAAAUACAAAGUUAAGUGAGACUUCCAUGGACUUGUUAUUACGUGUAAAUUGCAUAUAGUAAUUUAUUUCUAAGAAAAAAAAAAAGGAAAAGAAAAAAAAUGUAGCCGGAUAUUAUGGACCAAAACACCAACAAGCGUGUUUCUAAAACCUGAAUUUGCCUUAAGUGUCCAGAAAUGUUCCAUUGUAAGGAGGAACAGAUCGUGUAUAUCGUCAUUAUUCUUUCAAAUUAUCUCAUUUUGUUGAAAAAAAAGUAAAA